AUGGAUGAAGAAGAUUCUUUUAAAGAUAUAGAUGAGGAUGUGGAUAAAGAAUUAGAUUAUUCUUAUGAAAAUACAGUUAAGGACAUAGAUGAAGAAGUAGUUUCUUUUGAUAAAGACACAGAUGAUAAUUUUGGUAAAGAGAGAUUAGAGAUGGUAUUUGUGAAUACCACUGUUAAAAAUAAAUAUGCAAAUAUUUAA